AUGUCCGUCAGUGGCGGCAGUCCCCCCAAGUCUCCUCCCAAGAUGUUUUGUAUAGUUCCAGGUGAACUUUGCGGCGUGGACCAAAAAUACCCAAACGAGGACCUAGAUUGCUGCGGCCCCGCCGGGCCCAAAGACAUCAAUUGCAAAUUGGAUAUGUGUAAAGCCGACAAACUGAGCGCGUUCGUAACACACUCCAAGUCGACCUCUCCGCUACGAAUCGCCACAUUACUAUUACAACACGUUCUUCUGUUUCAGCGAUCUUUUAUGGUCCUCAGAGUCGUCACUCCCUACACGGCCUCACUCAGUCCUGAACGUGAUUCGCGGGUGUUUGUGGGCUCCUACCUCGUGUUUCGAGAACAAGGUGCCAUCAUAGAAGAAACGAAUGAUGAAGAAGAUAGAGAUGGAGUUCCCGAGAGCUUUGAUGAGAAGGAUGGCCUUGCAGAAAAAAUCGCGCUAUAUCUGCAGGACCAGCAAAACUUUGAUCAAGGCUCGGGCUAA